UCCGAAGUUACAAACACAUGUAACAAAUUGAAUCUAAUACUUUUGGGUUUUUCGGUUCUUUCGGUUCUUUCGGUUCUUUGGAGUGCAGAACCGAAAAUAUCUCAUUUAUUUCGGUUCUCAAAAAACCAGAACCGAAAUUCAUAACGGUUCCUUCGGUUCGGUUAGUUCGGUUUCGGUUCUCGGUUGUUUCGGUUCGGUUCCUCGGUUCCGGUUCUUUUUGCCCAGGCCUAGCUGGGACACAGGCGAGUGAGCGCAUGGCUAGUAACUAGUCAUCUUUCUUUCAUACGUACGGGCUUUAUUGGUCCUUUCAACGUCUCAAAAAAUUCUAAAGCAUAAUAUUCUUUCUCAUCUUGGUUUGGUUCGUUUUCAUCUUUAUUUCAUACGUACGAGCUUGAUACGGACCAAUUAACCACCUCCUUAGGGUGUGAGACUGAUCUAAGCAUCAACAAUUAACCACCAUGCAUGCAGCUAAUUGAUUAUUCCAGUCUAUAAAUUGCGAUGUCCCAGCCACUGAAAUCUGCACAUCUCGAGCACAUUAGCGGCAGCUUAAAAGAAAUAAUUUGGAGGGGAGACUGAGAGAGCAGCUAGCAAUGGCGGACCUUGUGCUUGGAUUGGCCAUGUCAGCGGUGGAGGGGACGCUAACCGCUGCGAAGUCAGCGAUCGAGGAGAAGAAACUGGAGAAGAAUAUACAGCGCGACCUGAUGCUUAUCUCUGAUGAGUUCGAGAUGAUGCAUUCUUUCCUCAACGUCUCCAAGGAGCGUGGCAGCGACGAAAUGGUGAGGACCUUGGUGAGGCAGGUCCGAAACAUGGCCUUAGAUGUGGAGGACUGCAUCGUCCUCGUGGACAUGAAGUUCCACCGCUGGUGGAGCCCAUUGCUCGGCUGGUUCCCAUCCUGCUGCAGCAAGCUAGCAGCGCCGCCGCCUAUGGACCUUAUUGACGACGAAGCGGUCACUGCUAUAGAGCUGCUCAAGUCCAGGGUCGAAGCCAUGGGCCAGAGGAACGAGCGCUACAUGCAAAUUGGUGACUGCGGCGCCCCCAAGCUUAGUGAGAAGACGCAUCAGCAAACGGGAGCCGAUGCAACAGCGGGGAAGACGUGUCCAGCGCGGUUGACUGGGCGGCUGUCAGAGUAUACGUACCCAACGACAAGACCGGUAGCUGCGUCGUCGUGCACACCCAGCAACUCGAAGUGGCGAGCUUGUGCGUGGGGCGAUCACACCAAGUAUUGGAGCUGGAGCAGUUCUCACCUGCUCAUUCUGUCUGUGUAUUCUUCAAUGAGAAGAAGAUCAUCCCACAAGGUCUCAUCGAGUUGAUAAAUAAGCAAGAGACGCGACGGUUAUCCGCUUCAAGUCAUCUCAGUGGUUGGGCCGGUAGGCGAUCCUGGGCUGGAAUCCAUCAUGAGGAACGCCUGUGACAACGACCCAGAAAUCUGCGAAAAUUUCACGCGCCGUGCUUGGGUGCAGAUGAUGCACCCCUUCGAUCCCCAAGAGUUCAUCCAGAGAUUAUUGCCGAAAGAAUUGCAUUAGAACUAUUGUCCACAGCAGAGUACACAAGGCGCACUCAUCGAAUUUGUGAAGGAAGUGAUGAGCAAUCAGAGAUACCUGGUGUUCCUGGAAAACCUGACCAGCAUGGAUGACUGGGAGGCCGUCAGAGAACUCUUACCUGACGGGCACAAUAGUAGCUGCAUUGUCGUGCACACCACGACGCUCAACCUCGCGAAAUCGUGCGUCGUCGCACAUCAUCAAGAAUUGGAGCCGCAACAGUUUUCAACUGAUCGUUCUGUUCGUAUCUUCUAUGAGUACUGUGAGAGUAUGGAUGGGAAUAAUGCGGAGAUGGCCCUGAAGACGAAAGCUGCAAAGCAAUGGAUACACAGGUUUAAAUUUGUUGGACGGCAGGAGGAUAUAUGGUCCCUUGCUGGCAUCAGCAGAAUGGUGCAAUCCGUGUAUGGGGUUGAUGGUGUUGGCAAAUCAUAUAUCGUCAAACACGUCUACUACAAGCAAGUGAUUAACCCCAAAAACUUUAACAAGUUCGGUUGGGUGGAUGUACUCCAUCCCUUCAAUUUAAGGGACCUGUCAUGGAGCUUGCUCUUGGAUUUGCACUCGGGCUCCCUCCAGCACACGUCAGCAGCAGCAUGCUGAGGAUCAAAGAUCCGAUUCAGCAUUGCCGUGAGCUUCUACGGCGGCACCGUUAUUUCAUUGUCAUCGAUGGUUUGCAGUCCACAGAUGAGUGGGACUCAAUCAAUGCAGCCUUGCUCUGUGAACCACAACAAAUUUCGAGCCGUAUCAUUGUUAUUACGCGCGAAGAAAGUGUCGCCAAAUACUGUUCAAAAUCCGGCUGGUGGAACAUCCAAGGCCUAGAAAUCGACUAGGCCUUGGAGCUCUUCAAAGAUAGGGUAACUAACGCAUCUUAUGCACAGAUUUGUUAAUUAUAUGAUCCAUUUUUUUUGCUGUCUUGGUAUUCUAGCACAUAUAUAAAAUAGAAGAUAUAUUUUUCACUAUCUUUAUCUAACGCAUGCAUCUUAUGAGAAUUAACAAUAUGAAAUCUCCGUUGCAAAUCUCUAGCUAUAGCUACUAAUAGAAGAUAUAUUUUUAUUCUUAUCCCCUCUACUACUGGACUGGACCUCCAUGGAUUUAUUAAUAUGUAUGCAAUUUUUCAAUUCGUUGGACGUACGGCAGGUAAUAUGUUGAUAUACUGAACUUGUUAAAGUUUUUGGCCACGAAGUGAUCCAAACAUGUAAUAUGUUGAUAUACUGAACUUGCACCUUGGAGUAGCUGCUGGCCCAGAGAGCCGAGCACCGCGGACAUUGAUCAAGCAAAAACGGUCCUACAAAAGUGCGGCGGACUACCCCAAGUAAUAGUUGCUGUAGCCUGUAGCUCACUUCGUGGCCCAGGGAUUGGGGCGAUUGGAAGAUUUUGAUGACAAUUUCAUGGGGCUUUUGGAGACCCACCCAGCAUUUGGCAGCUUGAGGGGUCUGUUUGACUGGGUGCAUUCCUACUUCAAUUCCUGCCCGGAUUGGCUCAAGCCCUGUAUCUUCUACCUCUCAAUCUUCCCUCUGGACCACAAAAUCCGGCGGAGGCGUCUAGUGGGGCGGUGGAUGGCGGAAGGCUACUCCAGGGACACCAAGGAAAGGACCGCUGAGGACAACGGGGAGGAGUUCAUUGUUCAUCUCCGCAAGCUAAACACGGUCUAGGUACGUCCUAGCGCGAGGAUCUAAAUUUCAGAGGGACAUGGUGAGGAUGCCCCUGUGCCAGGUCAAUGGUUUCUUCCGUGAAUAAAUACAUCGUCUCGCACUCCAUGGAGGAGAACCUUGUGUUUGAACUAGAGGGGCAUUGCAGAAUGAACUCGCAGCACACGGGACGACACCACACCUUACCAUUGGGGAGACCUGGGACAGAGACAGGAUUGUGUACGAGAGCACCGGCCUCGGGCGUCUGCGGUCGCUGACUGUGUUCGGUAGGUGGAAGCCGUUCUUCGUCUCUGACAAGAUGAGCGUCCUCCGGGUGCUGGACCUGGAGGACGCGUCGUCAGAUUCAGUAAGAAAUGCUGACCUCGAACAGAUGGUGAAGCUGCUGCCUCGUCUCAAGUUCCUCUCACUACGAGGAUGCAAAGAGAUCACUCGCCUGCCGGACUCCCUUGGUGGCCUCAGGCAGCUGCAGACUCUGGACAUCAGACACACCUCCGUUCUGGCGCUUCCACGAAGCGUCACCAGCCUACUGAGUACUGAAGCUACAGCUUAUUCGUGCAGGCACUAGUGUACAGUUGGACUUGGAUGAGGACAGCAGCCCACGGCCACCACCACCAACAGCACCAGCAGAUGCAGCAUGGUCAUGGAUCAGUAGGAUCAAGGGCUUCCGGUUGCGGCGGAAGCUGUUAAUACCUGGCCCUCAUCACAAGAACAAUGGUGGCAUUGAGGUGCCGCGAGGGAUUGGGAAGAUGGUAGCCUUAAACCAUAUCAGUGUCAUCGUACUGGAGGAGCUGAAGAACCUUACCCAGUUGCGCAAGCAUGGAGUGGCAUCAAACAGGAGAACUGCCAGGAGCUGUGUUCUGUCAUCUCGAGUCACGCCCAUUUGGAAUCCUUGUCACUGUGUUUCGACGAGAAGCUAGCUGGUGGCUUGGAUGCCAUUUCCACAUCACCUCCUAAGGAACUAAAGAGCCUUAAAGCUAUAUGGGCUUGUAGACAGACUGCCAGGAUGGAUUCAGCUUCUGUCCUCCAGCCUUAGAACAUUGAAACUACAGCUGGCCGUGAUAACUCAAGACGAGGUUGAUCUCCUCGUCAAGGAUCUACGAAACCUAAAUACUCUCUGUCUCUCUUUCAAGGACUUCGAAAAUGGCGAGGAGCUCCGGUUCAGGGGAGGUUACUGUUUCCCAGACCUCUGGGUCCUCGAUAGGGGGUAAAUGGAUAUCCGAACUGUUAGGACAAAUUUAAUAUUUUAAAAUAGAUAUGUAUGAAAUUUGAUGCUAAUCUUUUAUUAUGUUAUGAAGCACAUUAUUAUAAAUAAGAAUAAAAUAUCGUAUAAAUUAUUCCAUACAUUAUUUGCUCCAUACAACAAAAAAGGUGAAAAAAAAUCCAUAUUCGUAUUCGAUUUGUAUCCAAAAUUUAUAUUUAUUAUUUGAGAAGAUAUAUAAUAGAUUUGAGGUUUACCUUUCAUGAAUCUUUACAAGCUCAAUACUAAAAAUAUGAAUAUAAAUUUGCAUAGCAGAUUCUAUAUUCUAUUAAUUCAUAAUCUCUACUACCUAUUAAGCCUGUAAGGGUAGCCUGCCGUUCUGCCGUUAGACGAUCUCAGCCACCCGUUCUACUGUUCUGUAAUCUAAUCCGCACGAUCACGCAUGAAAGGGAAUUAGGCU